CACGAGGCUAAAGUUCACUCUUCUCCGUAAACCACACUGCUCGGUACUUGGGAGUGCAGAUAUGGGUAUCGGUACUCAUCCACCAUACUUCUUUGGCAUCUCAGAACUUUGGAAUUACUUGAUAAGACAAUGAAGCUCACGCAAACCCUGUUCCGAGGCUUUAUUGGGCGCAGUGUGGAUGAAUUCAAGAGACAGGCUUUGUUCGGUACGUUUUCCCCAACUUCUGUGGAUGCACCCAUCACUGACGGAAGCAUCUUGAUACAGCAUUGAGCGGCGAGGCCGUCAAGCGCGCCACCAAACCUUUUCCCCUCGCCACCUUCCAUGAGCCAGAAUCCAUCCAGACGUGCAAAAUCAUGUCGGACAAGGACAUUGGCGGUUUUUCCACCUCCCAUUUUGAUUACGUCCCUCCUGUGGACUCCGCCUCGGUGAAGCCUUCAGAAAACUUACAUGGACAUGCGAAGUUCUACGGAAACAUCUCAAUUGAGCUGCCCAAGAACCGGCCAGAUAUCCAGCGUUCUGGUUAUGCUGGCUGGAGAACGCAUGAUAGGAAAGCAACAAUUUUCGGAAAGCCGCUUUGGAACGUGGAUGUCUACGCAUUCCUCGCACUGCGGAUAAAGUCCGACGGGCGGAAAUACUUUGUAAAUAUCCAGACAGAAUCGAUAGUUCCCACGGAUAUCCACCAGCACAGGCUUUACGCUCGACGUUCGGGGGAGUGGGAGACGGUAUUGAUCAAAUGGAGUGAGUUUGUACGCACCAACCAUGGCGUAGUAGUUGAGCCGCAAAGGGAAAUAUUGAAGCAGAAGGUCAGGACCAUCGGCAUAGGGCUCAUUGACCGGGUACCAGGCAAGUUUGAGCUGUGCGUCGAGAGGGUUUGGGCGACCAAUUUCUUGAGGGAAGAGGAUUUGAAGGAGGACGGACGGACCGAAGAAGGGAGCUUGAAGGACAAGCACGGGGAGAAGAUCAAAUGGAGCAGGUGAGAAGAGGGUUGACACCGAGUAUUGUACCUAGAAUUCGACCAGAAUAAUUCUUGCCCGACCAAUUUUUAUAUUGCUUUUUUCCAUGCAGCUCUUCUGAUAUCAUAAAUCUUUCAGAGCCGGCACGGGUGACCGCUUAGCGGCCCGAGUCCCGCCGACCUCGGGAUUAUUUCACGGCGCGUCACACCUGCGUCAAACCACCACCGUAACUGCCGUAUCCUAGGUAACUACCCAACUACCGCCUCGACUAACCCAGGUACCGAUAUCUUACAACUUGCGCAAAGCUGCAUUAGUCCGACAACCACUGCGGUUUGACGUAUGAGCAUGGAGAUACGACCGUAUCCCUCUCACAUCUGAGACGCAAAGUACUCUGGCGAGAAUGACUCGCUUCCUGACUCCCUCCAAAAUUGGUCUGCUGGCCUUGAUAGAACUCUACACCCAAGAUGUGGUCCCCACGGCAUCCAUAAUCCCUAUCCUCUCUUUUGUUCUCAACCAGCUUCUCCCCUCAACCGCCAAAACCAGUCGGCCUCAGCUCUCGGCCUCACAACCCUCUCUGCCCUUCAUUCUCACUUUGGAGACGUACGAAACCUUGCUCUCCGCCUACCCAGCCGCCUCGGGGUUUCCGGGUCGGACCUUGUGGGACCAAUUCCUCCAUAAGCUGUGGAAAAUUGAUAGUCUCAAUGCGCUACAUGACUUCUUCGAAAAGCGAACGAAUUUGUUGGCGCAGACGAACGAAGAAAACAAACGAGAUGGCGAAAUGGGCAUACCUCCACCCGAUGGAAAUAUGAUAUUCCUCUCGCGGACUUCGCCCUUCGGCAGCUUCGUCCGCAGAUCCAAGGUUGAAUUCGAACGACUCCGAUUUAGCGAUGCGCUAACAUUGUGGAUAACAUUCUGCAAAUGGCGCCAAGGAACACAAAGAUACUAUUCAAGGAAGGUUGGUCAAUUGGGAAGGUGGGCAGGCGACAAAGCACUCGAGGAUGGAGAGAGGGUUUGGGGAGUCGACGCAACCGAGAUGUUAGAGACAGUUGCGUAUGGUAUUGAUAUGACCAGCCACCAAGAAGGCUGCGUGAGUACUGAUGACGUAGAAAAGCUACUUGAAUUUCAGGUUGAACAAAUGCAAAGUAAGCGUUACUUUCAUCCACUGCUCCGAAUACGUGGUUGCUAACUCGCCGCCCGUAUCAGAAUUUGGCAACAGAAUUCCUUUUGAUAUCAAGGAGAGCUUUAGAAAAGUUCUUGAAGACAGCAUUAUGGUUCCAAGCCUGUCACAUUAUCUGAAGUGCGUACCAAGUCACGUUCUUGUCGUGGACAUCAUUGACGUAAAUGCAGUUUUCUAGAUGCUUGGAGAGCCGGCGACUAUCCCACAUCUUUUGACACCCUUCAUCGAUAUUUCGAUUAUACCAUGCAGAAUCGAGACCGCUUAUUCUAUCAAUAUGCGCUUAUGAAUCUCGCAGUUCUGCAGGCCGAUUUUGGUUGCUUCGAUGAAGCUGUUGCUGCAAUGCUGGAGACAGUGUCAACUGCAAGAGAAAACAAGGAUAUGGCAUGUCUCAAUUUCGCUUUGAAUUGGCUGUAUCAUUUUGGAAAAGCUCAUCCGAAAACGAUACGUGGCUCUGAAUCAUCCAAUAUGCUCGGGGUCGAAAGAGAAGGCCUCGCAUUUCUUCGCAUCAAAGCUAAAGAGACAGGCAUGUGGACACUGUGGAGCUCCUCUUUGUUGAGUGAGGCGAAAUUGGGAAUGUCAAGUGGAGAAAGCAUUGCGACAUCGUUCGAGAACAUUUUAAAGAGCUCAUUACUCAUUGUGGAAAAAAACAUGAAGAGCAUGAUGGGACCCCAGAUGGCUAUGAACUCUUCAUUAUGGGGUCGAUUGGGUGUAGCCAAUCUAUCAAGACAGUACUGCGAAAUAUUCUUGAGCUGCCACGCACGUUAUGCACUCUUUGAUGACUCGCUAAGGUUUACGUGCCGCAUAGCACACCUUUUGACGGAGAAGGGGCGUUACAAUGACGCUAUGGAAAAGCUAGAUAGUUUGGACGAAAAUUGCUUGAGAUCGUGGAAAGCUAACCAAUACUGGCUAGAAUAUCGUGGGAUUCUUCGUCUGAAGUCGGACCUCCACAGGAACAAUUUAGAUGGAGCAGAGCAACUGCUUUCGCAACUAUUGCAGUUCAACGGAUCCGAAUCCGAUCCAGAUCUUGGUUUCGAGAUCAAUAGCCUCCAUAUUGAUUACUUGAUCCGACGCACUGAUUUCUCAUACGCGCUGGCUAAGGUCGAGCAAAUGGCGUUAGCGAUGAAAGAGGCUGGGGAUGAUAUAAACUUACGGGUUAAACUUCUCUGCGUCAAAGCAUUACUGCAUGCAAAUUCUGGGCGCCCUGAAAAGGGAUUUUCGGUAGCAAUUCGCGCAGCGAGCAUAGCUUGGAGAACCCGGCUCAUCCCUGCCCUCUGGGCUGCGAUGGGGGCAAUCGCAAACAUCUUGAACUCCCUCACGGAGUACCGAGCGGCCUGCUCAAUUCUCGUUGCUAUAAUACCACGAGCACUGGAAUGUGAGAAUUGCUCAUUGAACGCUCAACUAUACUCAUUUUUAGUCGAUUCGCACAUGGGUAUGGCUGGUAAAGCAGAGGGUGCUAGUCUGGUGAGAAAACACAACCUUACCAUGGCGCUAGAAUACCUCGACAGGGCCUUUAAUGAAUACUCUGCCGUGACCGACAUCUGUGGACAGAGCGAAAUAAUGGCAAAAAAGGCGACAAUCAUGAGAGUAGUAGGAGAGAAGGUGCUAGCUAACGAUUACGCAAGUGCUUACUUGGACUUGAAAAUGGAUGCGGCGGGGGAACGAAGAUAGUUGUAAAAGUAAUUCUAUGAUACCCUCAAUGUACAAACAAUGUACUCUC